CUCAGUGAUAAGGCGCAGAGCUGAUAAGGUGCGCGGCUUGGACAGUCGUACUCGCGGACAUCGGACUGCAGACGUAUGCGGCUGCGGUGCUCGGGCCAUUUCUCUCCCUUUCCCGCCGCUACAGUGUAGCGCAUACCUGCGGACCUUUUUUUGUUAUGGUGCCCCCUCUCCCCGCGCCCGCCCCGGCCUCGCUCCUCCAUACACCGUCUUGAGACGCGACUCGAGGCGCACGUACGCAGUCCGCGCGGCCGACACUCUCGCGCGUAAACAUACACGACUACAAUGACAUGUUUGAUGUAACGCGCCGGAUACAUCUCUGCAACAUGAAGUGCUUCGUGGCUGUUGUUCUAGUGACCCUAGUGACCGGAGCCGCCGCCGAGGCCUCCGUGCGGACAUGUGAACCUAUUAAAGUGGCGAUGUGCAAGAACAUUGGAUACAAUCAGACGGGGAUGCCCAACUUGGCGAGGCAUACUCUGCAGGCUGACGCCGACGUGACGCUGCAGACCUUCAGCCCUCUGGUGCAGUACGGGUGCUCCUCUCAGCUGCAUCUGUUCCUCUGCUCAGUGUACGUACCGAUGUGCACCGACAAGGUGGCGUUGCCCAUCGGGCCCUGCAGAGGGCUUUGCGAGAGCGUGUACACCAGAUGUUACCCUGUACUCCAUGGCUUCGGAUUUCUUUGGCCUCCAGAGCUGGAUUGUUCCUUAUUCCCUGCUGAGAAUAAUCACGAACACAUGUGCAUGGAGGGACCGGGAGAACGCGCACCACCAAUGGGCACUGUUCCUUUGGAUAUGGGCAAUGCAGGUGGCCGAGGAGCCUGUCGACGACUCAUCAAACCUAACAAUUGGGUUUGGGUCCGAGGAUCAGCUCGCUGCGCGCAGUUUUGUGAUGCAGAAGUUCUUUGGGAUGGUGGAGAGAGAAAAGCAGCAGAAGUUUGGUUGGCUACAUGGGCAGCACUAAGCUUUGCGUGUACUCUGGCUGCUGUGGGAGCUCAGCUAGCGUGUGGGGACCGUGGCGGGGCGGGGGAGCGCGCCCUGGUGCUGGUGGCGCUGUGCCGGUGCGCGGCGGCGGCGGGCUGGGGCGUCCGCGCCGCCGCCGGCCGCGCCGCUGCAGGCUGUGCCAAGGACUCCACCUCCCCGACACGCAUGCUACUGGCACACGAUGGAUUAGCAAACCCUAAUUGCGCUGUGGUCUUCCUCCUGCUGUAUUACUUCGGCCUCGCUGCAUCUGUUUGGUGGGUUGUGGUAGCAGGCGCCUGGCGAGCCAGCGUGUUACGCCCUCCAGCGCCAACGACAGCAGCUUCGCGCACCAACCGUCACUCGUCACUGCUGCAGCUGGCUGCGUGGGGAGUGCCUGCUGCGUUAGCUGCUGCAGUACUGGUCACUAGGGACGUGGACGCUGAUGAGCUUACUGGAACGUGCUUCGUGGGUAACCAAUCCAGUAAAUCUUUAUUAGCCUUGGUUAUUAUUCCCGAGGCUAUCUGUUUGCUGCUCGGCUGCGUGUUCCUGUCUUCAGGCUUCCGUGCAGUACUCCGUCGACCUGCACCUGUGCCAGCUCCAGCUGUGUUGCUGAACUCACCGCCACAACCACAUCAAGACCAAAGUGUCCUAAGACUAGGAGCGUUUGCUGCACUUUAUGCCGUGCCUUCAGCAUGCAUACUUGCAACAUGGGUAUAUGAAUACGCAUGGAGAGACGACUGGCUCGCUGCUCCAGUACCUUCAUCAGAACCUUCAACACAUCCUAAACCGGCGUUCUGGGUGUUCCUGUUCCGAAUAUUUGCCACCCAAAUCCUUGGUGUCAUGGUAGCUGUUUGGAUCGCCACUCCAAGCUUAAAGGCUUUAUGGAGGAGAAUCACUGGGCCGAGGAAGCAGCCGCCGCUAGCGAAGUGCCCACCGGGUCCACCCCCCACUCCACUGACGUUGCACUGUUACGCGUCACACCCGCACACUCUGACAAGACAUCCGCACAAAUAUGCAACAUACAGACCACCUCAAACACACUCGUACAGAAAACCGAGGCACUACCAUUACUCAGCCGGUGAAACAAUUCUCUGACGAUGAUAAACCUUGUUCAAUAUGUGUUUGAAUGUGUAGUUAAGUUCAAAAAAUGGUUCAGAGACAAUUUAGGAGCGAUGAACCUUGUUGUUGCAUUUAAAAUUCCUAAGAUGUGUGUUUGGGUGAACUAAUAUUCAAGUGCCAUUAGUUUGAGACUAAGGUCAGAAUGCGGCCUUAUUACUAAAUAAUAUUUAUAACUGUAAUUACGUUUAAAUGUUUAUUUAUGAUUUUAUGAAUGAUGCCUAAUAAUAAUGAAACAAAAGUGGUCUUUUGGCGUACCUACCUACGACUGAAAUAGCCUCGCAUUU